GUUAUCUUGGUCAACAAGAUACGAAUGCUACUAAUGAAGCCAUUGCUAAUCAGUCUACUGAGACAAGCAUGGCUGAAGCUCAAAGAAAUAGAGAGUUUCAAGAGAGACUCUCUAAUUCUGCUUAUCAACGUCAAGUUGCGGAUUUAUCUUCUGCGGGGCUUAACCCUAUGCUUGCAUAUAUUAAGGGUGGGGGUGCAUCAACCCCCUCUGGUAGUACUGGUCAAGUAACUUCUGCCCAGUACACAUCACCAAUUCAAGGAGCUGCAUCUUAUCGAUUAACAUCUGCUCAAGCUGCCAAAACUGAGGCUGAAAAGCCGAAGAUUGAAGCCGAAACGUCUAAUAUUAAUAAGAUAUCAGACAAGAUUGAUCAGGAGAUUUCAAAUUUGAAAACUGAUCAAGAUCGCACUAAGGCUAUUAUUUAA